AUGGCUGAUAGUACAAUUGAUCAGACUGAAAACAAGACUUUGAAGGUGCUGAUGAAGGAGGAUGCCAUGGCGCAAUGUAUUAGCAAACUCCCAUUGAAUGAAGUGAUGAUGUUUGCACUCACAAAUAUCAAGAACACGUCAACAGAAGGGGGAUAUGCUGUGCACCAUAGCAAUGCUCCAGUAUCAGACUUUGGCAUGCCCCAUCCUGGAGAAUCCCAUGGCUCGUGUCAUGUCAAUCCUCUAGCAGCUCCUUUUCCUCUUCUAUUUCUGUACGGCAUUGGAGGAAUUGAGGAAGAGCAGAAGAACCCUGGCAUAUUGACUAUGGCAGAUUUGAAGCAGGCUGAAAAGAAAGAGGCAAAUAAACUGCCCAUCAGUAAUCCCUGUGUUCGUCUCUUCAUGAAACAUGUUUUUGCUAGUAGUGGUCGUGUCAUGGGGUCAGAUCCCUCAUGUGCAGCUUAUCAAGGGAAGAUCUGGGGAUCAUGUUUGACACUGCGUGGGCCAGCAGCCUGGUUGACCAUCAACCCAUGUGACCUUCAUGAUCCAAUUGCUCAGGUGCUUGUCGGAGAGGAGAUCAACAUGAAUGCAUUCAACUCUAUAUAUUUUGCUUGUGCGCAAUUCUUUCUUUCUUUUGUACCAUCACCUUCACCUGUGGUUUCUUGCCUCAAUGGGCAUUCGCUGUCGAUGACGGUGGCCACUCCUGCAUAA